AUGACUGUCGACGGAGCACAAAGUCUUAUUAAUACUGCUGUUGGUACUGUUCCAGUACCUUUCCCAAGCCUUCCAACCAAUAUUAUGGAUUUAUUCAUGUUAACUGGUAAAGCCGCUAUUGUAACUGGUGGUGCAAGAGGUAUUGGUUUCACCAUUUGUGAAUCUUAUUUACAAGCUGGUUUAUCUAAAUUAGCCAUUAUGGAUUAUGCUCCACAUGAUGAAAACUUGAAGAAAUUACAAGUUAAUUUCCCAAACAGUGAAAUCAUCUUCCAACAAUGUGAUGUCAGAAAAGCUCAACAAGUUAAAGAAGUCAUUGAAUCAAUUGAACAACAAUUUCAAGUUAUAGAUAUUUUCGUUGCCAAUGCUGGUAUUCCAUGGACUUCAGGACCAAUUGUUGACGCCGAUAACGAUGCUGAAUGGCACAAUGUUUUCGAUGUUGAUGUUAACGGUGUUUACUACUGUUCUAAAAACAUUGGAAAGAUCUUCAAAAAACAAGGUAAAGGAUCAUUAAUCUUCACUGCUUCAAUGUCAGCACAUAUUGUUAAUGUCCCAAAUUAUCAAGCUCCUUAUAAUGCUGCUAAAGCGGCUAUUUUACAUUUAGCCAGAUCUUUAUCCGUAGAAUGGAUCGAUUUUGCCAGGGUUAACACCGUUUCUCCAGGAUAUACCGGAUUAACUGAAAUUUCUGAUUUCGUUCCUGCUGAUAUCAGAACCCACUGGUGUCAAUUGAUCCCUAAAGGUAGAGAAGCUGUACCAAGAGAAUUAGCUGGUGCUUAUUUAUAUUUAGCUUCCGAUGCCGCUAAUUACACCACCGGUGCUGAUAUUAAGUGUGAUGGUGCUUACACCGCUGUAUAG